CUUUCUUCCCAAUACCCAUAUCGAUGUGGAUAAGAUCUCCAUCUCUCUGUCUGAGUUUAUCAGUUUUUUUCUUAUACUUUUAUCCACGUCCAAACUGGAUAGGUGUGAUAGGACAGAGGAGAAGACAGUGAGUAAAUACAAUCGUCGGCCCAUCCCUAUUCCAUCUUGCGACAGAGAAGUUUAGAGGUUUCUGCAGAGAGCGAGCAAGUGAGAGAGGUUUAGUUCAGUGCAGAGAGCUAACGAGUGGGGGAAGAUGGGAAAAGGCGGAGAUGGAGGAGAGGAGAACAUGGCAGCAUGGCUGGUUGGCAUUAACACUCUAAAGAUUCAACCUUUCAAGCUCCCAUCAGUCGGCCCUCAUCAGGUUCGGGUUCGAAUGAAGGCUGUUGGAAUUUGUGGCAGUGAUGUCCAUUAUUUAAAGGCAAUGAGGUGUGCUCAUUUUAUUGUCAAAGAACCCAUGGUGAUUGGACAUGAGUGUGCUGGGGUUAUUGAAGAGGUAGGAAGUGAAGUGAAGUCUCUUGUUGUGGGUGACCGAGUGGCUUUAGAACCUGGGAUCAGUUGCGGACGUUGCAGGCAUUGUAAGGGCGGGCGGUACAACCUAUGUGUUGACAUGAAAUUCUUUGCCACCCCACCUGUUCAUGGUUCUCUUGCUAAUCAGGUGGUGCAUCCUGCUGAUCUGUGUUUUAAACUUCCUGAAGAUGUGAGCUUGGAAGAAGGAGCCAUGUGUGAGCCCCUUAGUGUUGGGGUACAUGCUUGCAGGAGAGCUAAUGUUGGCCCAGAGACUAAUGUGCUCAUCAUGGGAGCUGGACCUAUAGGAUUAGUCACAAUGCUUGCUGCUCGUGCCUUCGGAGCCCCCAGAAUUAUUAUAGUUGAUGUUGACGAAUACCGCCUUUCGGUCGCAAAAUCUCUUGGUGCGGAUGACUUUGUUAAGGUUUCCACAAACAUUCAGGAUUUGGAUGAUGAGGUCCAUCAAAUACAGAAAGUUAUGGGAUCUGACAUUGAUACGGCCUUCGAUUGUGUUGGCUUCAGCAAAACAAUGUCGACUGCUCUAAAUUCUACUCGUCUUGGUGGCAAAGUUUGUCUUAUUGGUAUGGGCCACGAUCAGAUGACUCUUCCUCUCACUUCUGCAUCAGCCAGAGAAGUUGACAUUGUUAGUUUGUUUCGCUACAAGGACACUUGGCCCCUCUGUAUUGAGUUCCUGAGAUCAGGGAAGAUUGAUGUGAAACCUUUGAUCACGCAUCGGUUCGGGUUCUCUCAGAAGGAGGUUGAAGAAGCAUUUGAAGUCAGCGCUCGAGGCGGCAAUGCGAUCAAAGUCAUGUUCAACCUGUAGUCUCUGUUCUUCUGGACUUUUUAUUGUGUGUGGAUAUCGGAUGGAGAGAACUGUCCGGUUUUCUCUCUGUCUACAGUAAUUGUGCUUUGACUGUCUUUUACUAUACAUAGAGAGAAAAAUUGGAUGGUUCUCUCCGUCCGGUGUCCGCACACAAUAAUCUCUAGACUGGUCCUAUCCUAUCAUGUAUGAGAGCUUUGUGAGUGAAGCAUAGUGCCUAAUUUCUGCUCUUUCCUUCUUUUAUUUAUGAGAACAUAUGGCAUGCUGCAAUCCAGAUUUCCUCAUUUUGGUGAAUUUUCUUCGUUGGCUUGAAUAAACUGCAGACCUUGUAAAGAAAACACUGCUGCAUGGCUUGAAAAUGCAAUGCUUUUGAUUUAUGACUGGUA